AUGGCUCGCAUCGAGGAGGCGUCGUCCGAAGACGACGACGAUGCCCGAACGAGGCAACGCAGAGCCGCGACGACGCACGCGGGCACUUCGAGCGAAUCGUUCAACGACAUCCUCCAGAAAGCCGCGGAGAUGAAGACCGCGCAGCUGAAAGAUAAGCGCAGGGAAUGGGAGGCGUCGCCGGACUUCAUGAAGAACACGAUGGCGUACGACAAGGACGACACGCUCGUCGCGCUUCGUAAAGACGGCACCGUGAGGGAGAAGAUCGAUCACGCGACGCCGGCGAAAGCGAGAGGGAACGAGCUGUACGCGGAGGGUUUGUACGAAGACGCGAUGUCGGAGUACACGAAAGCGAUCGCGGUGUUCAGGUAUUGGAACCGGGAGACGGUCGGGAACGAGCAAAACCUGGUGUGCUUCAAGGACGACGAGACGACGACGCCGACGGAUCCCGCCGCGCGCGCGUUCGUGUCCUCCGUCCUCCUCAACGCGUCCGCGUGCAUGGCGAAGAUAGACGCCGCGAGGGACCCGGACACGCCGCCCACACACGUGGACGGCAUCGUGUGGACGUGCACGGAGGUUCUGAACAUCGACGACGCGUGCGUCAAGGCGUAUUACCGCCGAGCGAUCGCGCUCGCGUCCGCGGGGUCGAGCGUCGCGCUGGAGAAGGCGGUGAAGGAUCUCGCGAGAGCCGCGCGACUCGCGCCGAGCGAUGCGCUCGUUCGAGACGCGCUCAGGAAGCACCGAUCGGAGUACGACGCGCAGUGCGCGAAAGAUAGGAAGACGUACGGCGGCGCGUUCAAGACGAAGGACGGUUUGUACACGAAAGAAGACGAAGAGUCGAUGCGCGCCGCCGCGGAGGCGAAAUGUAAGGAGAUCGACGCGAUGCGCGAGAUGAGCGACGACGAGAUCAAGGCUCGCGCGAGAGCGCGCGGGAUCGACCUCGACGACGCGAAGGUCAGGAAGCAGUUCGAAGACCGAGCGAGGGCGCGGCACGACGCGGAGAUGGCGGCGAAAGCGAGGGAGUUCGGCAUCGACCUCUCCGAUCCGGACGUGAAGAAGAUGCUCGCUCUCGUGGAGAAGGAGAACGCCGCGCGGAUGGAAGGGUUCGACGUCGACGCGAAGCUGCCCGCGUGGAGGCGAUGGCUGUACCUCGCGUUCGAUAAGAACAACACGUUCAGCGUGCAGAACUUUCUGUACGUGUUGAUCGCGGUGCGCGCGCCCGCCCGCGCGUUUCGAUUCGUUUCCAUCGUCCUUCGCGCGUUCGCGUUCGUUUCAUGA